GCAGUAAUAUGCGCUAGCUUUUUCUUUGAAGUUUUUAAAAUAUAUAUAGUGAAUAUAUAGUUUAACAGUAAAGUAUGGAUGAAGAAUGUAGAACAGUGCUAGAAAAAUGGAACGUGAAAGAGGAAACCAUGGAAGUCUUAAAUGCGAAUGGUUUCAAUUCCAUCCUUGCCUUGAAAACAAUGUUACCAGAGGAUAUCAAAACUCUAAAAAUUAAACCCCUUGGACAAGCACGCCUGUUAGAUAAUUGCUUACGAGAGCUAUCUAAUUUACAUGGCCCUACAGAGGUUCAGAAUGGAGAACAUGCCAAUGUUCCCCAGGGUCAGGACGAUGACCCUAAUCAUCAAGUUGGAGCAGCACUCCAGGAGCUUAUUGCUAGAGAGGCAAACGUGCCAGGAAUUGGAGCAUCCUCUACACCUCCCCCUCCCCCCCUCCCCCAGGCUUUGAUCCACAUCUAA